AUGCGCCCAAGGCUAGCCCGCGUCCUUGCAAGUCUCACAGGACCCGUCACAGAGCAAGCGCAGCAGUCCUUCCUGCAAGAUCUCAAAUCAUCCUUUCGACAGCGCAUCCAGCACGAAGCAGCCCCCGUCGCGCAUGUCGUUGAUCGGCAUCUCAAUGAUAUCCUAGGAUUUCGCAGUCCUCGUGUAGCGCGAAGUCCAUCGACUACACGAGCAACGAGCGUGCCUGCGGAUAAAGAUAUGGAUGCUGUAGCGCGUCAGCAUUUCAUUGAUGGAAGCAUGACGCCCGCCGCCGUUCGCGAUCUUCUGACUGCUGCUCAAACGCCACAUGACUUGUCACGGAUCCAGCAUUGGGCUACAAAAGCAGGUCCAGCAUCCGAGAUUGCAAGGCAUCCUGACUUGUCUGCAAAAUUGGCCACAAAACUCAUUCAGCUGGGUCAAUGGGCGGAUGCCUCACCACUCAUUGCUCGGCACUCAAAGGCCUUUAUUGCAGAUUCAGCGCACCAUGCGUUGAUUGUUCUGUAUGCCUCUGAACGUGGGGACUUACAAGAAGCCUUUAGUUGGCACGCACAGCUAGAAACGCAUCCGAGGCAUCGACGCGCUGUUCUACGAACACUUCUACGUGCUUCCGUCAAAAAGAAUGACUUACAAAAAGCACUCGAGUGUCUCCGCUUGGAUGGAGGAUGCUGCCUGGGACAAGAAACAGGAUUAGCACGAUGGCUAUGUGAGCGGCAGCGACCAAGUGAGGCCUUUACUGUGCUGCAAAGGGCAGAACCACAACGAGCACGGGAGGCAGUGGUGGGUCUGAUGAUUGCUCAGCAGCUGGUGCAGGGAACAGGCGAUGCACUGUUGCUGUGUCGGCAGGUGUUGACGUGGACAGAGGGCUUCUCCAUCAAACAGAGCUCAAAGCAAUACACGGCAGGCAGGAACAACUACAUCAUGUCCGCGUCGGCAGAUAUACAAACCCUCAAAGCUGUCUUUGGUGAUAGCUGGUCAGAGCAAGACCUGCAGCAAGUCCUGCAGGAAUCCCGCGGUGAUGUGGAUCUAGCCACCGAUCGUAUCCUUUCUGGCAAAGCAACCAAGUUUGGUGAAGUGACCAAGAAGAAGGAUAAGCAAGCGGCACGCAAGAACAACAACAACGUCCCGCAAAGUGCCUUGUUUCAACCUUUCCUCAAUGCAGCAGACCGCGGGCGGGGUCGCGGCAGAGGCGGAGCUUCAGCUCGUGGUGGCCGUGGCGGUGAUGCAACGUGUGGACGGGGCAGAGGCCGUGGCGGAGCGUCAUCAGGUGAACCGAGAGCGGCUUUUAAGAAGGACCACCAAGCGUCAGGUGGAAGUACUAGGGCAGAUGCGGCACAGGAGCCUUCUGCAGCUGUUGAAACGACCUCUACCUGGGAUGUCGAGCCUGUUGCACCAACAACAGAUGAUUGGGAUAUGGCUCCUGCGCCAGGUCAAGCGUCAGCCGACUGGGAUGAACCCGUCACAAGCGUACUCGAUGCACAGCCGGAACCUGUCAGCACCGACAGCUGGCUUGAAUCGGUGGCUACACAGCAAGAGACACAAGCAAAGCCAAAAUCUCGCAUCAUUGACAAGAACUCAAAGUCCAGCUGGGCAUCAAUUGCAAAGCCACCGCCUGCAGCACCCAAAGCUGUCGUACAAAAGCAAGCAUCAUCCACUGCCACAGCACCUGCACCAACAACAACGGCACCACUCACGGAGGAGAACCUUGAAGCGGCAACAGAAAAUCAGCCGGACCUGCCACAGCCACCAGCAGCAACUGUGCGGUCCAUCCAAGGCGAACCAGCGACUGGACCCUCUUCUAUUGUGGGUGCGCCAGGUACCCCUUCAGGCAACAUUGUUCCUCCUGGCAUGAAAGUCGGUGGUCAACAGCGAACGGGCACGCCUCUGGGCGGACGCAAGCUCAACCAAAAUCAAGCAGUCAUCAUGCCCGGCACGGAAACACAGCCAGCAACAAAACUCAGUUUGCAAUUCGGUUCUCUUGACAUUGAAGAUGAUGCCGCCGAGCAUGGCCAAACAACGGGUGAGUAUGGCAAACAAGCUUCUGCUGAACAGCAACGUCCUCAGCAAGGCGACAAGCUUUAUGACAACUUUGGCCCAGGCUAUGGCAAUUACGGUAUGCCCGCUCAGCCAGCUGGACCUUAUCCUGGAUUUGGUCAGGGUCAUGCGCAAUAUGGCGGCAUGUCGAGCUUCUACGGUGGUCAAGAGCCACCGCGCCCAUCUCCCUUUGGCGACUACUACGGCCAGGGACAACAGCAACAACCCGGUCAAGCAUCUCCCGUACAAUCUGGUCAUGCAGCAACCGCCACUGGACGUGCCGGUGCUGAGCGUGCACGUUAUGGCGAACAAACCGGUGCUAGCCCUAUUGCAUCGCACAUGACCCAUCAACAAGGUCUUGCUGCACCGAUUGCCACUGGUUCCCCAGCUCAGCAUGGUGUGCCACAAGCCUAUGCUGGAUACCCACAGGGGUACCCGAACCCAAACCCCUAUGCGUACUACGGCUAUGCCUUCCCGCAACAGCAGCCAUAUGGCGCUUAUGGACAGCCUUCUAUGUAUGGGCAGCAGCCACCUCAACAGCAACCAGCUCAGCGUGGUACAAGUGGUGGUGUGUACAGUGCCUCCGGUUACCUUGGACAGCAACAAGGUCAAGCUGGUUCCACUCAUUCCUUAGGUACGAGUCAGGAUCGAUUUGAAAGGUCCACGGGUGAGUACCAGCAGCAACGCCAGGGAAAUGGCUCGCAGCAGGGACAACAGCAGCAAGGUCAGUAUGGUACGCAUGAUGACUUCCUCGGUGGUCGUAGUGCCAGCCAGCAACAACAGCAACAAGGAAAUGGCAAUGGUACUGAGGAGUCGUACAAGGGAUACGCUACCACAGAAUCGACACCCUCUCGGGAUGCAGCCAAGUUGGCUCAGGGUUACGGUGGUUACCCACAGCAGCAACAACAGCAGCAGUAUGGCAAUCAUGCGCAGUACGCUCAGCAGCAUGGUCAGCAGACGCAGUAUGCGCAGUAUGGCCAGUAUGGCGCGCGCGGUGGCUGGAACCAACAGACUUACUAG